AUGCCUUUCAUGGCUCACGCUUCCUGGUGGUCCACCAGACAUUCGCCUCGCCGCCCAACGGCUGCUCCUCUCAUCCCGACUACUUGUACAAGUGAAGCUGCCCUUCCGCGUUCCUCCCUCCACACCUUCGUCAAUACAACCUCAUCCGACACUCCUCUAUCCAUCCGCGCCAAGUAUGCCGACUGCAAGCUGGACGCCUCCGUCACAGUCACCACCGCUGCAGUCUCUCCCUCUCUGUCCUCCACCUCAGAGUCGAACGGCGAGGCAAACAACAACACCACCACCAUCAUGAGCAAAGGUCGUGGUGAACGACGCUCCUCCACCACCACCAAGACGGCCGACUCCCUGCGCCAGGCAAAGACCUCGACCUCGACCAGCAGUCCCGUCCAGAUCCCCCGUCAGUCUAGCCGCACAGGCAGCAACCGCGACAAACACCAUGCUUCGCAACGCAGGCGCACCGCCAAAGAUGUGCACUCGCCAGAUGCCGUGUCUCCCUCUGUCGCGGCUCUCCUCGCCAUGACUGAUAUCCCGCGCCAACGUCAAUCAUUACGACAAAAACAGAGAGCACAAAGGCCUAUGACCGUCCAAGACAUUGUGCACGAUCAGCACGUCUCCGAGAAGCACCUCAGCCUAUCGCUGACAGGCAGCAACCCACUUGAGGUGUUGUUGUCACCACCAGAUACAUCACCCGCUGAGGAUGAUUUGAGCACAUGCGAAAGCGCCGAUGGCUUCUCGUUACGGCACACGGUCUCCUUCGACUCGAUUCCGUCGCUAGGCGACAGCUACGCUACCGAUGCCGCGUCUUCGUUUGACUCAUCACCCUACUUCACCGGCGCAAGACGCACGCGCAGCCCAGCACGCAAGUCCCUUGAACCUGUUCGCUCUCCUCCGCAUAUUCUAAGCGACGAGCACCCGCUAUCUAUCAAGCUGGAAGAUGACGAGUAUCCCAUCGUGCUUGAGCAGGUUGAUGACGAGCCGGCCAUGUCGGUCUUUAGCGAACCCUUCAAGCCGCUCAAGGCCGCCUUCAAGUCUAAUCUGACAGCCUCGCUGCGCGCUCUGCGCUCUGCUGCCAAGUCCUUCUCUAGCAUCAAUUUUCCCACCAUUCCGCCCGAUGACCUACUGUCCCGAUCUAUCCUCACCAUUGACCCCAACGUCCCUUAUACGGAUGAACGCCGCCCCCCGGUGACCGAAGAGAUGCCCUCAGCCGAGCUGCGCCGCUACCUCAACCCAACAACACGCCCGCUUGAGGCUCAGCCCCAAGAUGGGCCGCAGCGCCCGCGCCUGGCGUCCAUCCAGAUGCAGACUUACAAGGUGCAACGCGGUCGGGUGUCGCCGUCACGGAACCUUCCAUCAGCCCUGCCGCCUGCAGCCAGCGCGACCGGUCCCGGCGUCGUAGGUGGCGGCAGCAGCCCCACUACAAAAGCAGAGCGGGCGGCCAUGCUGCCAGCAGUGAUGCGACCGCGAGAGAUGCGCGAGAAUCCUGACUUCAUUCGCAUUGCUGUCAUGGAAAUGGCAAUGCGCAAGCGUGGCAAGCUCGACGACCGCAAGCCAGGCCGCGCUCGCUGGGCCCUGCCGCCUCGCAAAGCACCCAUCAAGUCUGCCGACGCUGAAGAGAUCGGGCCCAACGGAGUUCCAACCAGGUGGAUCCCUAUUGCCUACGAGCAAUGA